GAUGAGAUGAUCAAGUGACCAUUUGACACUCACGCGUCACCUUCCGAGUUGACUCUGCUCCCCAGUCUCAGCUCAGUCUCGCACAGCGACUUUUGCAUCGCGUCACGAAGCUCACUCGUCCCAGAAUCUGACAAUCGGCCAUGCCGGGUGCUUGAUCUCGCUCAACCCUUCAGCUGCCCCUUUGGCCCUUUGUUAGAUCCGCCUCUAACGGCGAGUACACUCCUGCCAUGCUGGACACAGCUUUCGGCCUCUCCAUCGUCCAUCUCGUCGCUCCUCUUAUCCUCCUUGUGCCCCUUCUCACGCUACUCCCACCCAAUCCACCACGCUUGGACCAGCCUGAAGGAGUUCGACCCAUCACUAUCCAACGGGUCAUUCCUCGCAGAGGAUGGAUCAUCUCUCUCCUAGUCGCUCUCGCCGCGACGGCUGUCCUUGACGCCGCUGUCACAGUCGCCAUCUUCAUUCUUGCUUCGAAGUACGAUCAAGAGUCCGAGACUCGAGGACUCGAGCUCGUCUCCUGGCUCAUCUAUCCCAUUGGCGGAUUGGUGGUCUGGGCUCUGGCGGCGGUCGUGUCUGAAUGGCGUGGACGAUGGCAUGAUCGAGGCGUGAUAAUCCUCGCGGUAUCCGGUUUCAUCCUGGAGAUACCAAACUUUGAGCUCCUCGUCAACAGAGUUAUCCAUACGACUGGGGCGUGGAAAACUGUCACCAUCCUGUCACUUCCACCUUCCGCGCUCCGACUGCUACUACUACCCGUUCUAAUUGCUCUCGCUUCAAAACCUAUUGUUCGCUACGAGGCUGUCGAUACUGCUGAUGAUGUGGAAGACGAGGAGUUCAACGGCGACCUAGCGGGCAGCUCCUCAAGUACAGCUCGUCAAACCAUCCGAUCACAACAGGGUCAAAUCAAGUUGAGUGGUGACGAAGGUACGUCGCAGACGCCCAACGGAGCUGCAACACCUGGUGGAACGUCCAAACCAUCCAUCAUUAUCCCUAAAAAGCUCGGCGAAGGCAAGCGAGAUGAGCGAGUCUUGACCUGGGCCGAAGUCUGGGAUAGGCUCAAGAAAAUUUCACCCCAUCUGUGGCCCUCAACCAGUCGAAAGCUUCAGCUUUUCGUUGUCUUGACCCUCCUCAUCGUCGCGAUUGGUCGAGCUCUCACGCCGCUCGGUCCUAUCAUCUUUGGAAAAUUGAUUCGAGCACUCACUAUCAGUCAGAACGGGAUCCCAGUACCUUCACUAUGGCCACUGUUCAUCGCUUUCUUCGCCAUCAGGAUCUUACAAAACACUGUUCUCUUCUUUGUUCGAAACAUUCUUUUCCUGCCCGUCACACAAUAUACCGACCGAGAAAUGCAAUUGCUCUGCUUCAACCAUUUGCUCAACCUUUCCUUGGCGUAUCAUACUCGCCGUAAUACAGGUGAAGUACUCAAGGUCAUUGACCGGGGUUCAGCCAUCAAUUCAUUGUUCGGAUCGCUCUUGUUCACCAUCGCUCCCGCCAUUAUUGAUCUCAUCGUCGGUUUCUCCGUCCUCUUUGCCCUUUAUGGUGGCAUCUUGGUAACUCAAGCGACGGUCAUCAUGAUUCUCUAUGUGUGGGUCUCCAUCAUUCAAACCCAAGCUCGAGUAGCUACUCGUCGUCAACUCAGUGACAAGGAUGUCAAACAGAGGGGAAUCGUUUCGGAUGUCUUAACCAAUUGGGAAUCCGUCAAAUACUUUACUGCCGAAUCACGAGAAGUCAACAGGUAUAGAGAGGCCUUGAUCGAUUAUCAAAAGGUCGAGUGGUCUUGGAAUCUCAAUUAUCAGACCCUGUGGCUCUUGCAAAACACACUUUUGACCCUGGGCCUGGUCAUUGGAAGCUUGAUCAUUGCCGUCAGGAUCUCUCGCGGGGAAAUGGAUGCUGCGGAACUGGUCGUUUUCAUCCAGUACUUUACCACACUCUCCUCACCUCUCAAUACGCUCGGCACGAUGUACGCUCAGCUCAAUCGAAACUCGAUCGACGCGGAGAAAAUGCUGUCCCUUUUGGCUGAAGCUACAGAAGUCAACGAUAAGCCCGGAGCGAAGGAUCUCAUCGUCACGGACGGAGUGGUAGAAUUCGACAAUGUCCAUUUCUCAUACGAUGGCAAAGUCGAUGCGCUGAAAGGCGUCUCCUUUAAGAUUGAAAAGGGAACCAGUAUGGCUCUGGUCGGUGAAAGUGGCAGUGGCAAAUCUACUAUCUUGCGAUUACUCUACAGAUUCUACGAUAUCAAUUCGGGCACCAUCCGCAUUGACGGUCAAGACAUAUCUGAGGUCACUCAGCUGUCUCUUCGUCGAGCGAUUGGAAUCGUCCCGCAGGACAGUGUUCUAUGGAACGACACCAUUGGUGCCAAUGUGUCUUAUGGUCGGGAAGGCGCGACGGACGAAGAGAUCAUCAACGCCAGCAAGGCUGCUAAGCUGCAUGACAAGAUUAUGGGCUUCAAAGAUGAGUACGCCACAAUUGUCGGCGAACGGGGUAUUCGAUUAAGUGGAGGGGAGAAGCAGCGAGUCAGUCUGGCUAGGAUGUUCCUCAAAUCGCCUGCUAUCUUGGUUCUUGAUGAAGCCACCAGUGCUUUAGAUACUGAGACUGAGAGAGAGAUUCAAAGGGCACUGACGGACCUGGCUCAAGGACGCACUUCGUUGUCUAUUGCUCAUCGUCUGUCGACCAUCAUCAACUCGGACCAAAUCGUCGUGAUGAAGGAUGGCAAGGUGAUUGAGAACGGAACGUAUAAGCAACUGCUAGACGCGGAUGCCGCUUUCGCAACCAUGUGGAAGAACCAAAUCUUUACCGAGGCUGAGCGUCUCGCUCUCGCUCAAGGAUCUGGGUCGACAAGCCGAGCCGAUUCCGACUUGAUCGACCUCGAGGAGAAGCCCGAGGCGGAGGCGGAGCCAGGGGUCGGAGAAGAUCACAUCACGGAUAAUGCUCAAGCGGACGUCAAGGAAGCCACCAUUUCCGCUCCAACGUCUGGAUCCGGCGGCACACCAAAUCUGAACGAGGUGCAACCUAGUGGAAGUUUCCAGCAGGAAGGGGCAGAAGCCGAGGAAGGAGUCAAUUUUGAGACAUACGCGGAAGCUGUCAAGCUCGUAGAGCCUACUUCACCUCAUCUCCCACCGGGCCUGAACGCGAAGGCCAGCCAGGAAGUGAAUGUCGAUACCCCGGCGGCCAUAGACCCAAACAACGACUCUGCGCCGCAAGCCAACCUUUCAGCCUCCAAUCUGGCACAACCCGCUCGUCCCGAUCCAUCCCGCCGCGUCUCCUUUCCCGGCACUUCCGUAGCCAUGGCGAAGACGUUAUCUGCUCAAUCAGCUCAAUCUGGUCAUUCGGGAUCUCCUAAUUCUCGAGAUUCUACUCCGACCCUUUCGAGGCAGAACACUGAUCAGAAAUUGAAUGAAUCUCGAAAAGCCAGUGAUCCCGAGAGUAAGCGGAAACGUUUGAGCUCCAUCAAGGGUUUUGUCAGACGGCUCAGUGAUCAAGGUGUCACGCGGAGUGCCAGUGGACGCAGCGUAAAGGCGCAAGACCUGGAUGGAGUAGAAGAAGGCGGAGAAUCUUCGGGUCGUGGUGCCGGAGGUAAGGAUGACAGCAAGGACAACAAGAAGAAAAAGCGAUUGUCUCUGCGAUGAAACGAUCGCGAUGUGCUGAAUGAAGGUGGUUUGCCUUCAGUAGGCUGUAUAGAAGUAAGGACACUAUGCAGGAUUGAUCAGGUCGUCUCCAGGACUGUAUUACACAUG